AUGAUGGCGACGAAAAGCAUGUAUCUUGUCGGUCUUGCAGUUGUAGUUGUGUUAUUUCAAACAGUUGUCGCUGAUGGCGUUAAAGGAUCAGUUCAACUUAAUUCGGGCGUCUUCGAGAAAAUCCUGAGGAAACACAAAGCAGUUUUGGUAAAGUUUGAUGAGACUUAUCCGUACGGUGAGAAACAGGAUGCCUUCAAGGAGGUGGCUGCUGCAACAUUGUCACAAGAUGACAUUCUGGUGUCAGAAGUUCAAGUCCAAGAUUAUGGUGAUAAAGAGAAUGCAGAUUUGGCAGAAAGGUUCAGUGUGACAAAAGAUGACUUUCCUGUCUAUUUUUUGUUCAUGUCUGGAGAUGCAGAAAACCCGAAAAAAUUCCUCGGCAAUGUGAAAAAUGCUGACGACAUAAAAAAAUUCCUUAUGAGGGAAUCAGGUCUUUGGCUUGGCUUACCUUCAUGCCUAGAAGAUUAUGAUAAAAGAGUGAAAGAAUUUUUGAAGGCGAGUGGAGAUAAACGUCAAGACAUUUUAGCUACUGCAGAGGAAGAAGCUUCAAAAGAAAGUGACGAAUCAAAGAAAAGAUCUGCUGACAUUUAUGUUAAAACUAUGAAAAAAAUAGUUGAAAAAGGAACAGAAUUUGUUGAUUCAGAAAUUACAAGGGUAGAAAAACUGAAAGAUGGAAAAGUUAGUGAUAAAAAGAAAGAACAAUUAAAUGAACGACUAAAUAUUUUAACUUCUUUCCAGUUACUUCAGAGGGACGAGUUGUGAAUGUUUCAUUUCUGUCUUCCACUUUCAUCAAAUUUUACACAUUUUCCAUUAAAAAAGUAAAAUAAGAUUUUGAAGUGCACUGCUCAUUCUUUAUUUAUAUAAAGUUAGAAAUCCCACCCAAAAAUAUGACAGAGACUUCUAAUUUGAUAUUUCUCAUUUGUGUUUUUAUGACAUGUAUGAGGUGAGCAAAAUUUUCUCAACAUUUUGUAAGGAACUACGGAAAUUCUGAUAAAUAUGUUUUUAUCAGCUUUAAAGCUUCCUUUAUUUACUCAAGUUGUAGAAGUAAACCAAAUUCUUUGUGAAUAAGUCCUGGAGUAUCAAGGAUGGUUCCAGGGGUACAGAGAGUGAAAGUGAUGGUAACCCCUGGAGUAUCAAGGAUGGUUCAAGGCGUACAGAGCCAGGGUACAGAGAAUGAAAGUGAUGGUUAGCCCUGGAGUAUUCAGGAUGUUCCAGGGGUAAAGAGAGUGAAAGUGAUAGUAACUCCUGGAGUAUUAAGGAUGCAUACAUGGUAGUUUUGCAUUACCAUUAUGUUGUAGUGUCAGUUAAACCUUGUAAACAGUUUUGAAAAGCCAAGUUGUUUUCUAAAUAUCAUAACUGUAUUUUUAAAUGAAUGGCUAUGAUGUAGAAUGAACUUCUGCUGUCUUUACAUAUCUAUAGUAAAUAGUGAGUUUAGACUUCAUCGACAAGGCAACUGUACAGCUUUACUGUAAUUCAUGUUUUUAAGUUUUAAAUAGUGUUGCGUAAUAUAAAGACACAUUUCUGUGUAUAUGGUUAUAAGGCUGUGGACCAACCUCACUUGGUGUCUGUGGUUAUAAGGCUGUGAACCAACCUCACUUGGUGACUGUGGUUAUAAGGCUGUGGACCAACCUGACUAAGUGUCUGUGGUUAUAAGGCUGUGGACCAACCUGACUUAGUGUUUGUGGUUAUAAGGCUGUGGACCAACCUGACUUAGUGUUUGUGGUUAUAAGGCUGUGGACCAACCUGACUAAGUGUCUGUGGUUAUAAGGCUGUGGACCAACCUCACUUGGUGUUUGUGGUUAUAAGGCUGUGGACCAACCUCACUUGGUGACUGUGGUUAUAAGGCUGUGGACCAACCUGACUUGGUGACUGUGGUUAUAAGGCUGUGGACCAACCUGACUAAGUGUCUGUGGUUAUAAGGCUGUGGACCAACCUCACUUGGUGACUGUGGUUAUAAGGCUGUGGACCAACCUGACUAAGUGUCUGUGGUUAUAAGGCUGUGGACCAACCUCACUUGGUGACUGUGGUUAUAAGGCUGUGGACCAACCUGACUAAGUGU